AACCCUUACAUCUUCAGAAUUAGGAUUAGGAUAAGGAGAAGAUGAAAUUCGCAAAACCCAAAACCCUUCUAGCUGCUAGCUAAAACGAAGAAUGAUGGCGUUGGAGCAAGCUCUGUUAUCAUCCUCCGGUUGCAGUAACACCUUCCUCCGUGUUCCAGGGAACCCUCUCGCAAACUCCCAAAACCCUGCUUUAUCCCCAACCCACUUGUCCUUCUAUCCCCGGACAGAUAUUGAACGAUUUCGCUUUAAUCGCAGCUUGAAAUGUUCGGUUCAUUUCAGAGACAACAACUUCAAUCAGGUGGUAGAGUAUGCUAAACCGGCGGAGGUUCCAUGGAAUAAGGAGCUCUGUAACACAGUGCAUUUCAUUGGCAUUGUUGGGACCCCUGUUGAAAUCAAGCACCUCCCUUCUGGCAAGGUCCUUGCGUGGACAAGACUCGCCGUCAAGAAAACCGCCACGGAGACAACAUGGAUCAGUUUGACGUUCUGGGAUGAGCUGGCACAAGUUACUUCUCAGCAUGUUGAAAAAGGCCACCAAAUAUAUGUUUCUGGUCGAUUGGUUUCAGAUGUAGUUGAAAAUGAUGAUGGGAAGCAGCAGACCUACUACAAAGUAGUGGUCCAGCAAUUAAAUUUUAUUGAAAGGAGCUCUGGGUCACCAGCAUUAUAUGAUCGUGAUUCUGAUAGCAUGGUAGCAAGUCGAAAGUUUGGCAAUAAUGCUACAAACAGCACAGUUUCCACAGAAGAACUAUGGCAAGCCUUUUUCGCUAAUCCUUUGGAGUGGUGGGAUAAUAGAAAGAACAAGAGGAACCCAAAAUAUCCUGAUUUCAAGCAUAAAGAUACAGGAGAGGCUUUAUGGGUUGAAGGUAGAUAUAAUCCAGCCUGGGUGAAGUCCCAGUUAGCAAUAUUGGAUGAAAGAAUGGGAGCCCUUCACGAUCAGGAUUCCAAGAUGGAUGUACAUGCAAUUGCUGGUGAUGAUUUCAUGCCUUUUUAAUAAUCCGUGGUGCUGUUUUUCCAAUAUUAAUGCUAUGUCGUACAGUGUCUCUUCUUACUAUUCACCUUUUUUCUGAGGUUAUGUUUUGGAAGGCAUCAAUGGGCUUUGUUUGUAUAGACUUAAUGUAGAAUCUAUUGUAUGCAAGUUGUAAUUCUUUAUACUUUUCCUUUUUUGUACA